AUGGCGCCCACUCCCUCCACACCCGCAGCUGCCGAAACCCCCCAGGCUUCUACUCUGGAUGGCAUCGGAGACGAACUCCGCGCCAUAGCAGCCUCCAUGGCCACGAAAGCUGACCUCCUGGUGCUCACAACAACCAUACAGGACGCCCUCCGGGCCGAAAUGGCUGGACUCCGGUCGGAGGUUACUGCGCAGGGGCUCCGAGUGCAGGAGCUGGAACGCUCCCACGAGACCCACAGCACCAGGUUAGCAUCCACUGACACGGCACUAGCCAGGCAAGGGGAUAUGCUCCUGCAGCUCAGACGUACUGUAGAAGAUCUGGAUAACCGGGGACGCCGCUGCAACAUCAGAGUGCGCGGCAUACCGGAGGUGGAGGGCGAGGAGGACAUUGAAGGCAUGCUAACGGCCCUCUUCCACCUUAUUUUGCCUGAUGAUAACCCGCUGGACAUUCGAUAUGACAGGGCGCAUAGAGCCCUGAGGCCACGCUUGCUUGAAGACGGCCCCCGAGAUAUCAUCUGCUGCCUGCAUUCCUUUACUACAAAGAAUACCAUAAUGAAGGCAGCAAGAGACCGACCCACAUGGGAGUUCCGAGGGGCACACAUAACACUAUUUAAUGACCUGUCGCCGGUAACCUUGGAAGCCAGGAGGGCCCCGAGACCCAUUACCUCGCUCCUCAGGGAACACAAGAUACCGUACAAAUGGGGCUUUCCAUUUGCCCUCUCCGCACGUCACCAGAACGGCUGGGCCUCGAUCCGCUGGCCAGAGGAAGUCCCCAGAUUUCUGGAGGACAUGGGACUGCCACCGGUACAGGUCCCGGACUGGAUCCUGGGACCGCUAGAUGCAGGUCAGAGACCCCAACGGGCACCCCGUCGCCGCAGAGGAAGGUCACCGCAGGGACCCCAGCCUCACCGCCGGGGCAUGUAA